CCGGAUUCUUUUCUGCCCCACCGUCAGGACCUGAAAGGCCUCCUAAGCAACGUUGCAAGUUCAUGGAAGCUGCGCUCCACCAAGGCAAGGCGUCUACCCAACGAGAGCGGCAGAGGUACGUUGCCAAGGACGGGAAGUGCCAGGUUAACUUGGGUCGCAUUGAAGAAAAGGGACGAUUCCUGUCAGAUAUUUUCACGACAAUAGUUGACCUGAAGUACCGCUGGUUCCUCUUCGUGUUCACGAUGUGCUACAUUGUCACCUGGCUCAUCUUCGCCACCGUCUACUACAUGGAUGCCUUAUGGCGCCAUGACCUGCUCAAGCUCGAUCACGACGAGUGGGGACCCUGCUUCCAGAAUGUGGACAGCUUUACUUCGGCACUCCUUUUCUCUGUGGAGACUCAGCGUACCAUCGGCUAUGGCUCUCGCAUGGUGACCGACAAUUGCCAGGAAGGUGUCUACCUAAUUAUGGCCCAGUCCAUUGUGGGUUCCAUGAUCGAUGCUCUUAUGGUAGGAUGCAUGUUCGUCAAGAUUUCCCGACCCAAGAAACGCGCCCAGACUCUGAUGUUCAGCCAGAACUGUGUGGUGUGCCCGCGCGAUGAGAGACUCUGCCUAAUGUUCCGGAUCGGUGACCUCCGUGACAGCCAUAUGGUAGAUGCCAAAAUCAGGGCCAAGCUGAUCAAGUCGCGGCAGACGUACGAAGGCGAAUUUCUUCCUCUCGAACAGUCGGAGAUCAAUCUCGGCUACGAGACCGGGGAGGACCGCUUGUUCCUCGUGGAACCGCAAGUAAUCUGUCACGCGAUUGACGAGAACAGUCCCUUUUGGGAAAUGGGACCGCAGCAGCUGAUGAGGGAGCAGUUCGAGAUCAUCGUUAUACUGGAAGGAAUCGUGGAGGCCACAGGCAAGUAG